AUGCUGAUAUCUUAUGGUGUCAGUCUACUCUCGCUGCUGUAUUUUGUAGUGUGCGGUGAUGCCAAUGAUGCGCGGUUCGCCAAGUAUUCGUUCAACAGAUGGGAACUGCUAGAAUACAGGUCGCAGGUGAAAGAAUUGUUCUAUUUUGCCCAUGACAACUACCUAACAAAGGGGUACCCGUUUGACGAAGUGCGGCCAUUGUCUUGCGUGCCGAAGGGAAGAAACUUCGAUGACAUCGGCGAUACCAUCACCAAUGAUGUUUUGGGCAAUUUCUCAGCAACGUUGAUAGACUCGCUGACAACCAUUGCGAUAUUUAACGAUAAGCAGAAGUUUCAGGACAUGAUUGAGCUCGUUAGGGAUUCUUUUCCGAGGAAGUUUGACUUGGAUUCUACCAUACAAGUUUUCGAGACGACCAUCAGAAUCGUCGGCGGCCUGAUUUCUUCCCAUUUGUACGCCUCAGAUCCUUCAAAGAGCGUCUACCUGGGAUCGGAAUAUGACGGGUUUCUCCUGGAUCUUGCCCGCGACAUGGCGGACCGCCUACUGCCGGCGUAUCUUACCACAACCGGUUUGCCAUUACCCCGGAUCAACCUUCGAUACGGACUGCGAAGUCUCACGGCAGAUCUGGUCGCAGAGAAUAAUGUGGCAGCAAUGGCAGGCCCGAUGUUUGAGUUCACAAUCCUUUCGUAUCUGACUGGUGACGAAAAGUAUGCCGCUGUCACAAGAUAUGCCAUGAAUAAGACUUGGUCGCUUCGAUCUGAGCUUGAUCUGCUGCCAAUGUCUUUCAAUCCUAAGACUGGCCAGUGCUACUCGCACUUCACUGGCAUCGGAGCCUCUAUAGACUCGUUCUACGAAUACGCUUUAAAAGGAGCUAUUUUAUUUGAUGACGCCAGUCUUUAUGAGAUAUGGCGCGACUCAUAUACAGCUCUCGUGAGCAAUUGCAAGGCCGAUUGGUUUUACGUGAACGCUCAGUCAAGUACAGGCCAACUGUCUGCUCCCUGGAUCGACUCCCUAGGUGCUUUUUUCCCAGGGCUGCAGGUGCUAGCCGGUGAUGUCGAAGACGCAGUUUUCAAGAACAUGAUGUCUCUAAAGUUGUGGAACACUUUUGGUGGGCUGCCAGAAAGAUGGCAAUUCCGAAGCGCUGCGACAUUGCAGCCUGCUGCAGAAUCGCCACAGGCAUCGAAAGACUUUGCUGCGGAGCAUCAAAGAUUGAACGUACCGCUGGAAUGGUAUCCACUGAGGCCUGAGUUUAUCGAAUCGACAUACUUCCUCUACCGGGCCACAAAAGAUCCUUUCUAUCUUAAUAUAGGCGUAGAGGUACUGGAGAGCUUUCGGACCAGGUUCAAAUUUGCGUGCGGAUUCGGUGGGAUACAGGACGUGAUCACUGGUGAGGUGCAAGAUCGUAUGGAAACGUUCGUUCUCAGCGAAACCCUAAAGUAUUUGUAUCUACUCUUUGAUGAGGACAAUGAGCUCCACCACACUCGCGAUAAUAUGAUUUUCAGCACUGAGGCUCAUCCUAUGUGGCUCAAACGUGAUGUUAUCAAGAAGUACUCCCAAAAGAAGCGGUUCGACGACCAGUUGUAUCUGCGACACAUAGAGUUGCGCCAUGCUGAGGAUGCAAGGAUAGCUGCCAGGAGAGCCAAAGGCUUCUUUGGGCGGAAACGGCUUGCUGGCCUGGCAAAAUCGUUCUUCACAGAAGAGCUGCGAGCAGCCGACAUAAAUGCAUCACAGGAAGCUCAGCCGAACCAGCCACCGACGUGUCCUCGUGCAACCACGGAAACCUACCCCUGGAGCUACUCGGCGACCCUGAGUUACUUCGACAGGCUGUUUGAAAUCGACUACAUAUACAACGAUACGCUGAUUAGGCCUGCCCCGAUGGCGGCCCGCGGCUCCAUCGAGAUCAGAAAAGGCUUCUACGACCGGUGGGCCGACUCUAGACGCUCAUUCUGCCGACUGCCGCCCACCACCGACAGCUUCGAGCUGAUCCUCGACGUUCCCGGUCGCAGCAGCCCCGUCCGGCUCGCCAACGGCAGCAUAAAGUGCAAGAGCCUGAGCGGCAGAUGGAAGUUCCGCGGCGAGAAGCUGCAGCCGGGCAAGACCGACGUCUACGGCAACCGCAUCACCACCUCACCCUUCCAGGUCGCAGACUGCCGCAACGUGUUCAGACCAAACGACCGCUCCGACCCGCGCACACCGAUCCUGCUCUACCGGCUCACCGCCGUCAACGGCGUCGCGCUGCCGCGCGGAGCCACCGUCGUGUUCGACCGGCAGCACGUACUCAGGAACCCGGAACACUCCAGGACCCUCUACGACCUGUUCGGAUGCAAUCCGCAGAACCAGCUCAUGCUCGACUCCACGCCCGUCGUAAACCUCUAUUUAAGCUAG